UUCGGAAGAAUACCAAACACACACUGACUGCACAUGUAUGUCUCUAGGCAGGGAGCAGAAACCACUAUUUUAUGCCCCAUCAAGGGAACCUAAGGAGGCAAUAAGAAGCUUUUUUGUGAUUCGGUGCUUUUAAACAGCCCGCACAGUUCAGAGGGGAAUAUUUCAUAUCAGAAUAUAAACACGGCAGAUAAUAAUCAGCUCCAGCUGAUGCACAGCUCUGUUCUCAGCUCAUUUUGCACUCGUGUAUUUUUGUUUUUAAAAAUCGGUUUUUAGUGAAUGUCAUCAGAGUCAGUGUGACCCGGUAGGAAUGACACCACUUCCGGGUGCCGAGUUUGUGCGGACUCCGGUUCAGCUUUACCGCUACCUGCUUCGCUGCUGUAAACUGCUGCCCAGUCCGGCCGCGCAGGCGCACUACAGGCACACUGUCCGACAGAGUUACAAUAGUCACGCAGAUGAAGAUGACCCGGAACGAAUUCGUAUGAUCAUCCAGCGAGCGAUUUCUGAUGCUGACUGGAUCUUAAACAAGUAUGUCAAAAAGACAGGAUCUCCAGGUCAGGAUGAAACGGAACAGAACAAGUCUGAUUGAAGGUGAUGCUACGCUGGACUGCUUUAAAGUUCAUACACUACCGUUCAAAAGUUUGGGGUCACUUUGAAAUGUCCUUAUUUUUGAAAGAAAAGCACUGUUCUUUUCAAUGAAGAUCACUUUAAACUAAUCAGAAAUCCACUCUAUACAUUGCUAAUGUGGUAAAUGACUAUUCUAGCUGCAAAUGUCUGGUUUUUGGUGCAAUAUCUCCAUAGGUGUAUAGAGGCCCAUUUCCAGCAACUAUCACUCCAGUGUUCUAAUGGUACAAUGUGUUUGCUCAUUCAGUAUGUUUACAUGCACAUCCAAAUCGAGCUGCUGUCGGUAAUCGAGCAAAGGGUCCCAGCAGGGGUGCCAGAGAAAUCCAAUCCUACAUGCACACAAGGAAAUCGAGCUAUUGUGUGAGGUACAUUGUGCACCCGAGCCACAGGUGGCGCUACACACCCCAUCGUGUUGGUACACUUCCAGUUGUCGUCAUGAAGAAGAGCUAUUCAAGAGUGUAAACAAAGUUAUCAGUUCCGUGUUCUCCAUUGCGUGUUUUUCUCCCGUCCAUGAAUUUUAAUAUAUUCAACUCCUUAAGCUGAAUGAGCAUGAACUCUGUCUCCUCAUUGCUCCAGAAGUGCACGUUUCUGCUCGCCAUUUUCUCUUCUUCGUUUGUUCCUCCUGACCUCUUCUGCUGCUCGCUACUACUGUUGUCAUGCCGACCGAGGCUGUUGUGUUUCCCGCUUGUGGUCUCGUCACUCGUCACUUCCGGAAGGGGCAGUGCUGAAGUAAGUAGCUCGACUACGUAGCUCGAUAGGGUUUACAUGCACUAAGUAGCUCGGCAAAAAUCGCAUAAUCUAGGUCGUGUAGCUCGAUUACGAGAAAUCAAGUUCGGUUCAAUUUCAGCCUAGCUAAGGUGUUUCCAUGGCAUUUAGAACUUUGAUUUCAGUCGAGCAACGGCAGAAAUUCGAUUUUCUCUAUGUGCAUGUAAACGCACUGAUUGCCUCAGAAGGCUAAUGGAUGAUUAGAAAACCCUUGUACAAUCAUGUUAGCACAGCUGAAAACAGUUUAGCUCUUUAGAGAAGCUAUAAAACUGACCUUCCUUUGAGCAGAUUGAGUUUCUGGAGCAUCACAUUUGUGGGGUCGAUUAAAUGCUCAAAAUGGCCAGAAAAAUGUCUCGACUAUAUUUUCUAUUCAUUUUACAACUUAUGGUGGGAAAUAAAAGUGUGACUUUUCAUGGAAAACACAAAAUUGUCUGGGUGACCCCAAACUUUUGAACGGUAGUGUAUAUCGAGGAUGUUACACGGUGAAGAUAUGAAAUUUAUCUUCGAGUGGUGAAUGUAUAUAUUCACGAGUGAGCGAGGGAUAUGUUUUUCAACACGAAAAGAUAAACUUCAUGUCUUUGCGCCACCAUGUAAUGUUUUUUAUAUUAUACAGACACAUAGACAAAAAAAACAAAAAACGCCAGUUAAUCAAAAGAGUUUUAAUUUUGAACCGGUUCAUCAUUUUGACAACGCGUGUUUAGUCAGCGGGAAAACACUGGGAGUGAUGUCAUCAGAGUGAAACAUGCAGAAUUAUUAUACAUACAGGACACUUUUUCGAUCAAAUAAAAACGUGUUCUAUUCCCUUCUAGCAGGUUUCAUUCAUUUGGUUCGAUAGCAUGCAAUAUUGUUAGCAUAUCACUUAUCCUACGUGUGUUACGUCGCUCUACCCAAUGGAGAAUGAGCGUUGAAUAUGGUUUACGAUAUUGCACAGUUGUCAAGACAACAUGACGUCACACGUCAGAGACGUAAAACUUCCGUGCUAGCGAGCGACUGGGACAAUUUGUAAACAAACGUGCAUGGCCGCCAGGUUUGCUUCGUUAAAUACAGAAGAUUCUGAGAGAAUUUUAAAAGAGAAAGACGCACCGAACACCCGAAAGGAAUGCGUAUGUUUAAUAAUAAUAAUAUUAGCUGGCUUUUCAGUAUCCUGCUAGCUGAAUGGAAUAUAUCUGAUAUACCACUCAACACCAGCCAAUAUUAUUUAAAUAUGUCACUAAGAUCCACAAUGUAUUUCGUCUGAAAAAUCAGAGUUUUUUCAACACAAGAAGAUAAACUUCAUAUUUUCAGGCCAGGGUGUGAUUUCCUUUUUAUUAUAUCGACACAUUCACAAACAAAAGGUACCUAAAUUUAUCAAAACAACUCAUCGAUUUCCUCACAAGUGACAGAUAGAGAUUUAUGUCACGGUUUUGGUUCUCCAUGUCCCGGAUGGAGCUCGGAUGAAAAACACAAGUGGUGUAUUUCCCAGUAAAACACUCAUGUCUGUAUAAUAUUAAACUAUAUUGUGCGUAUUACCAGUCACUAUUUUCAGCCAGGGUUUCACGGGAGUAAUGUAACACUUUUAUUACCAAACUGUAAACAGAUCUUGGUACUUACAGACCAGAAGUAGCCUAUAUUUGUCUGAAUAUUUCAUACAAAUAGUUCAGUUGAACCAUGCUGUUAGCUCAUGGACCUCUGGUUGUGUUGUGUGAAUGAUCUGUAUUCAUUUCCAUUGUAUAUUAUGACUAUCUCAUAAACAUUAUGAGCUCUGUUUGUCAGCUGUGAUCAAAUCUACAGCUAAAAUGUAUUUUUUUUUCUCUUAUUUGAACAUCUGUCCAUUCAAGGAAUAAACACUGGUCAUACUCAGUGAUGA